AUGAGAGCUCUUAAAGAGAAAGAGUUAGAGAAGAGUAAAACUGGUCCCUCCCCCCAGAGCAUUCACACCCCUAGUGUAAAUUUACCCAAAUUUGAAGAAGGUCAAGACCCUGACGUUUUUCUAAAAUCUUUUGAGAAAAUAGCGGGGUUACAAAAGUGGGAUCAAUCUCAAUGGGCGGUUCGUUUAGUCCCAAUGCUAUCGGGUAAGGCUCUUGAAGCUUAUUCUAGAUUGUCAGAUGAGGAUAGCGAUAAUUACGAUGCUAUAAAAACUGCUAUUCUUAAAAGGUAUGAACUUACCUCAGGGGCCUAUAGGGAUAAGUUUAGGCAGUGUCGACAGUCUAGUGAUGAAUCGUUCAAAGAUUUUGUAGUUAGGACAGAGAGGUUCUUUAAUCAUUGGUGUGAAAGGGAAGAAAUUGGUUCAAACUUUCAUAAGUUGUUUGAUUUGAUGUUGAGAGAACAGGUGAUAAGAAGUUGUUCAAAAGAGUUGCAACUGUGGGUACUUGAACACAGUCCAAAGUCUAUAAAAGAAGUUAUAACUUUGUCAGAGUCAUUUCAGGUUGCACAUAAAGGCAGUUAUUCAGGCAGUGGUCGUGGUAACGCAGGGGAAAAACCGGGUUCAAAACCAAAUAAGUUUGGUUCGGUUCAGUCCCAUAAAGGUAAGUUUAUCUCGCCUUUAGAUCAGAGGAAAUGUUUUAAGUGUGACAAGGUCGGGCAUAUUGCUCCGAAUUGUCCAUUGCGUAAAGUUCAGUCAAAAUCUCCUCUGAAUCAGAAACCAGGUAACCACAAGUCUAAUGAACAGUUUGGUUUGUGUCUUGAUGAGACAAUGACAGUAUCUGAGGAUUCUGAUAGUGUUCAUGAGAAUAAAGUGGUGGUUAAGUUGUCUGGUGUAUCGAUUACUGAUGAUUCUGCUUUAGAAUUAAGUUGUGAAACAGGUUUAGAUUUGGUGAGUGGAGAAGUCGGUGGACAUGUUGUCUCAGUUUUAAGGGAUACUGGUUGUUCAACGGUGUUUGUCAACAGUAAAUUAGUUUCAGAUGAGGAUAAGACUGGGAAAUCAAGGGUAAUUACUCUAGCUGACGGUACAAGGAGAUCUUGCAAUGAGGCAAUAGUAAGUGUGAAUACGCCAUACAUUUCAGGUAAGGUACACGCUUUAUGUCUAGAUUCUCCUUUUGCUGAUGUUAUUAUUGGCAACAAUGUGAGCAUUGUAGUACCUAAGGAGGCAGACCCUUUACCCAGGAUGGAGAAGGUGGACACAGUCGAAGAUGACGCAUGCGGAGCGGUCCAAACUAGAUCAGAGCUAAGGAAACAAGAGAGGGCAGAAAAACCAAAACUGGAUGACUUAAAAGCAUCGAACACCGAGAAUGAAGGUAUGUGGUGUAACAGGGAGGAAUUGAUUGAGCAUCAGAAAACUGAUGAGAGCUUGAAGUCAAUUCUAGAUAUGGCACAAAAUGGUCCAUAUGAGGGUAAGUCAUAUUUCAUCUUGAAAAAUGAUUUAUUGUAUGGAGUUUUUGAGAAGAAUUCUGACGAAAAAGUCUUCCAGAUUGUAGCUCCAAAGAAACUGCGCACUGGUAUUAUGUCAUUAGCUCAUGACACACCAUUGGCUGGGCAUCUUGGAAACAAGAAAACCAGAGAACGAAUCCUGCAAAACUUCUUUUGGCCGGGUAUGUAUGUGGACAUAUCACAUUAUUGUAAGUCAUGCUCUAUUUGUCAGAAGGGGAUGCAGAAAGGGAGAACGCCGAGAGCAAAACUGGUGCCAAUUCCAAAGAUAGACGUUCCAUUUUCCAGAGUCGCCAUUGACUUUGUGGGUCCAUUACCAAUGACAAAAAAGAAAAACAGAUAUAUUUUGGUAUGUAUGGACUAUGCUACUAGAUUUCCGGAAGCAUUUCCGAUGAAAUGUCAAGACGCAGAAAGUGUGGCAAAUGCGCUUAUGGAAAUGUUCUCAAGGGUAGGCUUUCCUAAAGAAAUUUUAUCAGACCAGGGAACAAAUUUCAUGUCAUCACUCAUAUCAAACCUGUGCAAAAUGCUAAAAGUGCGUAAACUGUCAACUACCCCUUAUCAUCCUCAAGCUAACGGGCUAGUAGAACGAUUUAAUGGGACUCUUAAGCAAAUGUUGAAAGCAUAUGCAGUUGUAGAGCCAUUAAAAUGGGAUGUUCAUUUACCAUAUGUACUCUUUGCCUACAGAGAUGUCCCGAAUGAAACGACAGGUUUUACUCCCUUCGAACUUCUUUAUGCCAGACAUGUCAGGGGUCCACUAGACAUCUUAAAGGAGCAAUGGGAAGAACCAACCGAGGAACAAGCAUCAGUCCUAAGUUAUCUCAUGGAAACACGUGAACGAAUGGAGAUGGUACGUAAGUUGGUAACAGAAGUGGAAUCCCAUGCAAAGAAGAAACAGAAGAGAUAUUAUGACAAAAACGCCAGAGGCAGGAAUUUUGAAGUAGGUCAGAAAGUUUUAGUGUUAUUGCCAACAAUUACUUCGAAAUUAUUGGCGCAGUGGAAGGGUCCAUAUGAGGUGACAGAAAAGGGAAGUCCCGUUGAUUUCAAGGUCAGGCUGUCCAAAAACAAAGAAACUGUUUAUCACGUCAAUAUGCUGAAGGAAUGGUUUGAGAGAGAGUCAGAGGAAAACAGUAAGUCUGAAAUAAUGGCAUGCCUGAAUGUUAUUUCCAGUUUAUCUAGCAAUGAUGUUCAGAUAGAAGACGGUGUGGUGUCGGAUAAAGUCCCGGCCCUUCGACAGACAGAAUCGUCAGCCAACGUUCAGUAUUCAAACAACCUCACCACAGAGCAAAGGGAUCAGAUUCAGAGGUUAGUGGAAGAAUUUGGUGAUAUUUUUACAGAUGUUCCCAAGAAAACGCCUUUGACGAAACACUCAGUGAAAACGUCUACAGAUGUGCCCAUCCAUAUGAAACCAUACCCGAUUCCAUAUGCCUUACAAGAUCAAGUGAAGCGGGAGUUACAGCAAAUGAUGGAUCUUGGUAUCAUUGAGGAAACAGACAGUCCUUAUUCAGCACCAGUCGUCCUCAUUAAGAAGAGUGACAAAUCAUUGAGAUUCUGCGUCGACUUCCGGGAGUUGAAUAAGGUAACUGUAUUUGACCCAAGGCCAAUGCCUCGAAUAGAUGACAUUUUGAUUAAGACCAAUAAAGCAAAAUUCAUAAGCAAAUUGGACUUGACAAAAGGUUAUUGGCAAGUGCCAUUAGACGAGGAUGCAAAACGGAAAAGUGCAUUUGUAACUCCAUUUGGACAUUUCAGUUUUACAGUCAUGCCGUUCGGGAUGGUGAAUGCACCGGCCACUUUCGUUAGACUGGUAAGUAAAGUUCUUACAGGGCUGGAAGAUUUCACAGAGGCUUUCAUUGAUGAUAUUGGUAUCUAUAGCAACAGCUGGACAGAACACCUUGAGCAUCUGAGAACAGUGUUUUCAGCGUUGAGGAAAGCGAACUUAGCAGCUCGACCUACAAAAUGUGAGUUUGGUUUCAAUGAACUUUGUUUUCUUGGUCAUACUGUAGGAAGUGGAAAAAUCAAGCCAAUGAUGUCAAAAGUAGAAUCCAUUCAGAACUUUCCCAUUCCGACAACCAAGAAAAAGGUAAAGUCAUUUUUAGGUAUGAUUGGGUUUUACCGGAAGUUCAUUCCUAAUUUUGCCACUUUAGCACUUCCGCUUACAGACUUGACGAGCAAGAAAACACCUAGCAAAAUCAAAUGGACAAGCGAACUUGAUCACUCUUUCCAAGAACUAAAAGGUAAGUUACUUUCAGAACCAGUUCUUCGAAGUCCAGAUUUCAGUAGAUCAUUCAUUUUGCGCACAGAUGCAAGUGCAUACGGAGCAGGCGCGGUGCUAGAGCAAGAGUUUGAAGACGGUAAGCAUCCAAUUUGUUUUCUUAGCAAAAAGUUCAGUCCUGCGGAGAGAAAUUAUGCUGUAGUAGAAAAAGAGUGCUUUGCUGUUGUGUGGGCGGUCCAGAGUCUCAUAGUCUAUUUAGAAGGUUGCAAAACAUCUGAUUAUGAGCAUCCAUACGAGUUGGACAUCGACUUUGAAUUCUAUCGGUCUGCACAUGACUUAUACUUGAAAUUGCCAUUUACUUAUGUUGAUGAGUAUGAUGAUGGAAAUAUAACUGCUUCUUACGUGGCUGCGGCGUAUGGAAAUCACAAAACACUGCUAGCACUUUUGAAAUACGGAGCUGAUGAAGAAUUCAGAGACAAUGAGGAUGAUGACAUGGAGGAGGAGGAGGAGGAGGAGGAAGGCAGUGAGGAAGAGGAGGACAUGGAAGAUGAUGAUGAUGAUGAUGAUGGUGAUGAUGAUGAGAUACAGAUAGAUGCCAGUGUGAUAAAAUGA